GAGGGUAGAAAUGCGAAAGAAGACGCACAAAUCCACCUAGGUUGAUUUGGUAAAAAUGAAAAAAAAACUGUAUACUUUUUAGCUCGAUCUUCGCGUAAAUUUGAUCGAAAACAUUUCCGCUUAUGCUUUCGAUGGACUCUCUUCUCUAAAUCGACUUUCAUUGGCUGGAAAUUAUAUAAGGUACCUCGAGAAAGAUCUUUGGGCUGGACUCAACAACCUUGAGGAGAUCGAUCUUGGUUGGAAUGAAAUCAAAAAUGUAACUGAAGAUAUGUUCUCUCCCCUGGCUGAAAAGCUCACUUCGCUGAACCUAAGGCAUAAUCCGCUCAACGCAGUCCCCACAACAGGUCUCAAGAACCUCAAAUCCCUCUACUUGAGCGAGUGUCCUCUUACGACCAUAAACUCAGAGCAAUUGAAAGAUUAUCCUAAGUUGGAGGUAUGCCAACAUUUCACAUGCAAUAUAGCCAUCUUCGUUACUAUAUUGCUACCAACCAAGCCUGAUAUAGCUCUAUCUUAA